UGAUAAGGAAAUCAUGAUGAUCAUCGUUAAUUCAACCAGUCAACCAAUCAAUCUAAUCCCUUCAAUUGAAAAAGAAACAAAAGAAAGACAAUUGUCUUGUUUUUUGUUGCCACAAAUUUGAUGAUCAUCAUCAUGGAAACAAUGGCAACCGAUUGAUCUGAUUGUUCAGUUUAUUCUAAGGUAAAUAAGUGAUCAGUUAAAACGAUAAUGCAAAUAAAUCGCAUGAAAAGAAGAAAAAGAAAAAAAAAUGAAGGAUAAUAAAAAUUUUUACGUAAUUAGCCACAGGUGAGGUUCGAACUCACGACCCCUGGUUUACGAGACCAGUGCUCUACCUCUGAGCUUCUGUGGCUGUUGUUUAAAUUUCUCCUCUUAAGUUAUCCAAUUGUAUUUAAUUUCCUAGUGAUUAUUAAAUUUUCAUUUUGUGAUAUUCGGAAAGAUCUAGUGACGGGGAAUCGACUGAUAUAAGAUUCAUCAAAAUUUGCUCAGUAUUUAAUUGAUUAAAAGUGUAUUUAGUUUGCAUCCACUCACCCCCAAUAUGGCUGACCAGGUUUCCUAUACAGGUCCCAUAGAGUUUGUUGAAGCUUUAAAGGACAAAUCAUCAACAUCUCUCGUUUCACUUGAUGUACCUUUGAAUAAUAUGGAACAGCGUAAAUUGUGUGACACCAUUUUGAAGAUGGUUAAUGGAGUAACAGAGGACGAAUCAAUUGAAGCCGAGGAAAAGAUUUCAAUGUUAAAGAAAAGCGUCUACGCAAUGCAAAAGAUUGUGGAAGCAAAAGGAAAUGGUGAAAACACUGUUAAAGAGCUGGUAACAAAGAUAGAGGAGAAAAUUAAUCUUCAGAUCACCGUAACUCCACCAAUGAGUAACACAUUUGCUGAAAUAAUUAAGGAAACAACUUACUCACGGCCAAUUAAACUGAAAAGGAAGAAGAGUAAAGCCAAACGGAUAAGUUGUUAUGUUAAACCACAUGAGGAUUAUUUUGACCCAAAUAUUAUGGAUAUUAUUACGUUUGAAUUAAUGAAAAUCAGUAUGGAAACAGGAUUAGAUAUACUUGGUAAUCAAAAUGAUAUCAUUUUUCAUAGCAAAGUAAUUGGAAGAUGCUGCCCAGAGCGAGGAGCCUCAGUUAAAUAUUUAUUACACUGGACACCCGAAGGUAUUAUACCCGAUGAAUGGGUCACCGAAGAUGAUCUUGAGGAUAUGUCAUCCCGUCGAGUGCCCCUUAAUUCACUGCCAACCAGUACAUUAUUAGAAAAUUUUGUUAAAUCUCAAUCACAACCCAGACAAAGGGGAAGAAAGUAAUUUGUGAAAGGAAACCGAGAGAGAGAGAGAGUCAGACAGUGUGAAAAAGAGCAACAAUUGAAUGCAAGUUUCUCUAUUUCUACCCUUUUACCUUUGGAUUGUAUGCAAAAUUAAACAAACAAACAAAACGAAACCUGAAAAAAAA